GCUGUGCUCUUUGUGGUGCUUAGUUAAACUUGUAAGAAGUUCCUCAGGAGACUUAGUUAAUCCUACACCAUGUGUGAACAAUUUUUGGGAACUUGGAAGCUUGUUUCCACUGAAAAAUUUGAUGACUACAUGAAAGAACUUGGUGUGGGCUUUGCCACCAGCAAGGUGGCUGGUGUUGCCAAGCCCAAUGUGAUCAUGAGCUGCAACGGAGAUGUUAUAACCAUCAAAACAGAGAGCAGUUUAAAGAACACCGAGAUUUCCUUCAAACUGGGGGAACAGUUUGAUGAGACCACAGCAGACGACAGGAAAGUAAAGAGUGUUGUAACAAUGGGUCACUCAAUCAGUUGCAGAAAUAGGAUGGCAAAGAGACCACAAUAAAAAGAAAAAUAGAAGAUGGAAAGCUGGUUGUGGAGUGUGAAAUGAACAACGUUAUCUGCACCAGAGUGUAUGAGAAAGCAUGAAGAUAGACUCCUUCCCCUGUGUGGUUAGUGGGACACAGAAGCAGGAGAGUUAGCUGGUUCGGGAUGCAGAACCCCACAAGGCAGUUGCUUUUUUCCAAAGAACUGGUAUGUUAUUGAUAGAACCGUUCCAAAGAACCUGUAUACAGUAUUCAACCUAAAAGUAUGGUGACUAUUCAAUAAAGUGCUUAAUGAU